UUAUUUUCACACCACAUUGACUGACACAGGACCUUUUUUAUGUCACAGGAAAUUUGAAAUAAUUUGAAAACCUGAUAAAGGAAACAAGAUAAAGAGUAAAAAAUAACCAUAUUAAUGAUAGUUAAGGUUCUUAAGAAUGCAAAUAUAGAAAAACAUGAAAAAGACAAUCAGGCAGAAGUUGACUGUGCAGUCAUAUUUGUUUCAGAGGACAGAUAUGUCUUCAGUAAUGCUGUUCAUUCUGCUAUUAUCAGAGCUCUCCACACUUUCCUUCACACAGAGUGAUCUAAAAUGCCAGCGUAGCUGGACACAGCUUGGAUCACGCUGCUUCAAGAUCUUCACAACAGCAACAACCUGGGAUAACGCAGUGCAAAAUUGUGUGAGCAUGGGAGGGCAUCUUGCAUCUGUGCACAACAUGCAGGUGUAUGCUUUCAUCCAGGCUUUAGUCCUAAAUGCAACUAAGUCAAAUAGUCCAACAUGGAUAGGUGCCAGUGAUACAGUAAAGGAAGGAGUUUGGGUGUGGACUGAUGGGACAGCAUUUGAUUACACAUACUGGUAUACUGGACAGCCUGAUAAUUCUAAUCGAAUUGAGCACUGUUUGGAGAUGAAUUAUCUAGGUGCUUGGAAUGAUGAAAUCUGCACGAUCCUGUGCCCAUCAGCAUGUGCAAGUGAGUAUUCCAAUCUCCUAGCCCGCUAUCUUUAACUAUGUCUAAUAAAUAAUACUUUAUGGUCACAAAUCUAUUGGCAUUCUGCUU